AUGCUCAGAGAUCUGCUGACUGCCCUGCAUGAUUCGUCUCAUGUCGAAGCAUGUCACCCGGGAGACUUCCUGAGUCACGUUUGGAAGCGCGAGUCCUUCGAUGCGCCCCCAGAUGCAGGCUUUGGUUCUUUUCUGCACACUCCAGCAGCAAUGCGAAGGCACAAUGUGUCUUUCAAGCAAGACGAGGGGAGCGUGGACACGACGAAGUGCUAUUGUCCCGCGAUGGGGCAUUGCGUGCCAGGUUUUCAGUGUCCACUCGGGGAGCACAUCGACAGAUCGAAGUGCUUCAGCACGGUGACGGUUCGAUAUGGCCCUGACACGGACUACCAAGAAUGCCUCAAAGAAAAGGAAGAGGAGCCGGAAAAGAAGUGCGAACUCAAGAUGCUGCAAGACAUAAAGAUCGGCACCGGCGGGUGGCGAUACUUUGGGGGCGAAGACCAUCCCAUCGUCAAGAAGGUGAAGGGUGUUGCGGAGGCAGCGGGCGUGAAGAAAGGCUACGAGCUCAUUUCCAUCGAUGGUAACCAGGCAGACUGGCGGGAGAAGGGGUUCAAGGAGUACGUGAAGAACUUGAAUUGGGACGUCCCGCCUCCGGGGCAGCCCGUGGAGUGCGAGCCCGGCGAUGGCUGCAAGAAGCCCUGCCCUCCGCCUCCGCCUCCGCCGGUGCUCCCGCGUUUUGGCCCCCUUUUGGGGCGCUCUCCCUUCUCCUUUCAGCAGCUGCCGAACGUCGAGGAGGCUGCGGGGAAGAAGACGUGCUACCCCAACGGCCACUCCUUGACCUUCAAGGUCACCGCGCCCCCGUGGAUGUUCUGGGCACAGACGAAGACCACCUGUCGUGCCUUUCGGGAGACCUGCUGUGCCGAGGCAUCCACCAGGCGGAAGCCGGAGGACAUCUUCGCGGAGAGCUGUGCGACGAAGGAGAUGUGCAAGCCUCAAGAGAGCUGCGACCAGAUGGAGGGCAGACCGGGCAUCUGCAAGUACCAGGUGCUGGAGCUGAACGGCGACUAUGACGACAAGCAGGAGAACGAAGACAAGCAGGAGGAGGCCAUGAAGCAGGCCGAGGAGCAGGAGCAGAAUCAGGAACGCGAGGAAGAGAGGCAGGAGGCCGAAGAUGCUGGCGAGGAGCCGGAGGAGCAGUCCGCUUUGAGCUUUCAGGAAGGCCAGGAGCAAGGGAACGGGCAGGAAAACGAGCAAGGGCAGCAGCAAGACAACGGGCAAGAGAACGGGCAAGAGAACGGGCAGGAAGGGGAGGCUCGUUCCGGGGACAGCUUCCUGUGCCAUGACCUCAGUGCUGUAGGACGGGCUCUGGACAACAGGAGGAGCAGAUCUGAGUCGCAGCGCAAGGCAAAGAGGCCGCCGCCAUUGUCCGUCUCAAGCGUGUCUAGCGACGUAGGUGCUGCGCAGCAGCCGAGAGGCCCCCGAGUAGCGCACAGCGUGCGCACACGUUUUAGCGAGGCAGCGGCGGGUUUUUGGAGCCAUCGGCGAGGUGAGCUGCACGGGCAAUUGACGAUGGGAAGAUGUGGGGCCCUUUGGCCUCCUCUGACCAGAACGGCCCCGGCGUCUUUUGUCCUGCGCUGGCUUCCAGCGGCCUUGCUGCUCUCGCUGCAGGAGCAGGUGACCGCCAUCGGGACGGGCAUAGCUCCCGAACGCGUUAGCUCGCUGGCAGGCGAGGUCACGCUCUACCUGCCGGCUCCAGCAGAAGCCCUUGAGUGCGAGCUCUUCCGAGACAGCGGUGUCGGGGACGAGCCUCGCUUCGAGGUCUACCGGGGAGACUGCGAGGUGGCCGUCCGAGUGGAUGGCGGGGGCCUCCUGGUGGACCGGAACUACCAAUUCCAGGCUCGCGGCAUCAACGCCGCUGGCGUGGCGGGCGGGAGGAGUGAGAUCGUCAACUACUCCGUGGCUUCUCAAAUUUGCUUCGCAGUUAAGAUGGGUGCCGGCGGGAGCUGCGUGCAUGGGCACGUGCAGGUGCGGGCGACGGCGAAUCCGCACUGGCACGUUCCGGUGCAGUCCGUGCAAGCGGUGCAAGUUCCAACUCAUGUCAAUGUGCAAGUGCGGACCCAUGUGCCGGCGCCGGUGAGCCCGCCCGUGCCCUGCUCGCCGGUGAUCCCGGUGAGCUGCCCUUGUCCGGUGAGUUGCAUCUCGGCAGAAGAGCGGAUCCGGAUCCAGCAGUGGGCAGCGCAGGUCAGCUCGCAGGUGGGUUUCACAGUUUCCCCUUCAAUGUACUGGACAUGCCACUCGAUGAACAUGGACGUGUUGAGCGGCUUGUCUGCGGCGGACCGGUGGCGGAUGCAGCAUUUUCUCUCGGGGCACUGCGGACACUGCUGUUCAAGUGUUGAUGUGUCAGUGCCAGUUGUAGCACCGGUGAAGGUCCCAGUGGCCGUCAGCUCUGUGUCGUUUACUACACCGCCACCUGCUUGGACUUCUUCAGUUGGAUCUUGGACAACAUGUGCGAUUCCCGUGGCCACGGAGGCUCCCCUACCACCGCCAGCUGAUCCGCCACCAGGCUGCGCCGCAGCUCCGCAGGUGCCUUUCUUCCAGAAGCUGCACUUGCUUCAGUCCCAAGUGUCCGCGUUGAACAAUGCCAUUGGCUGCGAACUCGUCACCCAAGAAGACAUGGCCUUCGUUUCCAGACAUUGUGGCGAGGUGGACCAACAUGCAAUGGCGGCGGUGUUGCAACUGAAGCAAAAGAAGUGGCAAAUGAGUUUGGGCGAGGUGAAAGAACCUGAUGAGAGAAGAGCAACGGGCUUCGUCCAAUAUCGAGCUGAAGCACGUCACUGGCUGGCAUAUCGGCGGUGGCAUGGGGCCGUUUGGCGGCUGGAUGCUUUGAAGGAAGCUCCAGAACAAAUCUCUGAGGAGCAGCUGCGAAGGGAGCUGGAACCCUACAAGAAGAGCACUUUCUGCAUCUGUGAGAUCGCGUGGCAAAAGGUUCUCCUGGCUGCCCUGAAAUAUCUGCUUUGUUCGGCUGCCCGACUUGCUCAGAUCAGCGCCGGUGUUCCGGAAUGGCAAGGGCUGAUUCCAACACUGGAGAAGGUCGGUGCAGAGAACAUCCGGCUGGGUUGGCCCGUGCCCCUGAGCGGCGGCUCGCCGAUUCUGGGCUAUCAUGUCGAUAUGGAGGCCAACGGAGAUGGUAGCUGGGAGAGGAUCUACGAUGGCACCAACCAGCCCUCCAAGCUGACCUUCACCGCUCUGGGGCUACAUGCCUCCCUGACGUACAACUUCCGGGUCUUCGCGGAGAACCGGGUGGGCUUCAGCAGCUACACCGAAGCCUCCGUAAGGAUAUCGGACCUGAUGGCGGCGCACGAGGCGAGGCCAGAGAGCAUCCCGGUGUCGCUCAGUGCAGACGUCGAGCCGCAUCCCGAGACUCUCCGAGACUCAGUCGGCGGCCGCCGCUUCAUCUUGUCCGUGCACGAUGUCUGCGAGUUGGACUCCACUGGAACGAUUUGCGUGCGAGUGGCGGCACCGCACCCCGACUACGCACCGGACGUGCUCGGGGAGCCCAUCUGCUGCAUCCACUCCCUGGACCAGAGCACAGGGCUCUACCGUUUCCCUUACACGCUCCGUAAGGCCGGGAAGUACUCCUUGCUGGUGCAUGCCAUCGAGCCGGGCGGCUUGCUGGGACAGUAUUGGGACAACCAGUGGCUCUACGGCAUGCCGGUGGUCACGCGCCAGGACCGGAUCCACAACCUCAGCCACCGUGCUAAGAAGGCUCCGUAUGCCCCUCGCAAGCUUUGA